CGCGGAUCUUGCGCAGGAUUCGCCGAGACCCAGUCUAUCGAGUCGGCUGUAAUCUGCCGUGUCGCGUUCGAAACAGUGUGUGUAAAUCCGUUUUGUGUGUUAUAUUUCAAUGUAACUAAAUGCAGCUUGGUGCACAAAUAGUCCAUCGAUAGCCGGGUUUGUUGGUUUUUUUCCCGUACAGUGCCGCAGGUUCGUGCGUAUGGAUUAAAAUCGUCCGGGAGCGCAGCGAAGAUGAGCAAUUAGACUUUGCCGGAAAAAUGAGAAGCUGACCAAGGCGAAAAACCGCUUCUCCCCCGUCGUUAAUUCCCCGAGAAAAUUUCCUGAUAACGCGCGGUUUUUCCAAGCAGGACAUUUUUGAUCAGUACACGCACGUUUCGAAAACUCACUAAAUCUAACCUAGUGCUCUAUCAUAGUGCCAGUUACGAAAUAAAAUUAUAUAAAGAUAUUAAAUUUAACCGUAGAUGCAACUAACUAAAAUAAUUAAAUAUUUAUCGUUAAAAAAUUAGUUACGCUAAAAAAAUAAAAAGAGCAACACUGUCGGGAUUCGAAAUAAUCAUUAAUUAAUCGGAGUUAGUGACAUUUCUUUUUAGUGCUUUCGGUAAUUUUCGCGUCACAUUAAAAGCUUGUAGCGAAAAAGGAUCUCUCGUCUGCCGUUGGAUUUUAAUCAGAUCUACACUAGACAUUUUUGAAGACUGUUUUUAUAUUGUGAUAGUAAUGUCGCGGCAACCGUGGUCGCCGCAUCCCUAACCCUUUUCUAUGACAGCCAUCUUUCCCACCAUCAACGUUCUGGGCAGCAUGGACAUCAAACCCGAGAUGAUCUAUAGAGAUGAUGACGUGUUGCUCGUUAAAUCCGAGCCCCAGCUCUACUCGCCCACGAACGGUAACGUGACCGUCGGUAGCCUGUUGUCGGGCGCGUCCAGCAACGGCUUGGUGGCCACGUCGUCGGGCAUGCCGCAGUCCAACGGCGUCUUGGUGGCCAGCAACGGCGCCGGCGGCGGCGGCGGCGGCGCUUUCGGCGCCUUCGCCAACGCGGUGGUUCAGCCGGUGAAGAACCGUCCGACGCGCACCGAGGACUUUCUCAGCUCGCCCAGUCCGGGCACGAUGAGCGGCAACAACGCGCCGCCGUUGACGCCGUCUCCCGGACCGCCGUCGCAGGCGUACACGGUCAUCAGUAACGGGUAUUCGUCGCCGAUGUCCUCCGGAAGCUACGAUCCCUACAGUCCCAACGGUAAAAUAGGGCGAGAAGACCUGUCUCCUCCUAGCAGUUUGAACGGUUACAGCGCCGACAGUUGCGAUGCGAAAAAGAAGAAAGGACCGACGCCUCGACAGCAGGAAGAACUGUGCUUGGUGUGCGGCGACAGGGCGUCGGGGUACCAUUAUAACGCCCUCACCUGCGAAGGUUGCAAAGGUUUCUUCAGGAGGAGUAUCACGAAGAAUGCUGUGUACCAGUGCAAGUAUGGCAACAAUUGCGAGAUCGACAUGUACAUGAGGCGGAAAUGCCAGGAGUGCCGUUUGAAGAAGUGCUUGAGCGUGGGAAUGAGGCCGGAAUGCGUGGUGCCAGAGGUACAAUGCGCCGUAAAGCGGAAAGAAAAGAAGGCCCAAAAGGAGAAGGACAAGCCCAACAGCACGACCAACGGUUCACCGGACAUGAUCAAAAUGGAACCAGAGCUCUCGGAUUCAGAAAAGACCAGCUUACAGAACGGCAUCAAGCCCAUAUCGCCCGAACAAGAGGAACUCAUACAUCGACUAGUGUACUUCCAAAACGAAUACGAACAUCCUUCCGAAGAAGACGUCAAACGCAUUGUGAAUACACCGCUGGAAGGAGAAGACCAAUGCGACGUCCGGUUUAGACAUAUAACGGAAAUAACGAUACUAACCGUACAGCUCAUCGUGGAGUUCGCGAAAAGGUUACCAGGUUUCGAUAAGCUCCUGCGGGAGGACCAGAUAUCCCUGCUGAAGGCGUGUUCGAGUGAAGUCAUGAUGUUCAGGAUGGCCAGGAGAUACGAUUACCAAACGGAUUCCAUCCUGUUCGUCAACAACCAACCGUACUCUAGGGAUAGUUAUAAUCUGGCCGGUAUGGGCGAGCAGAUCGAGGACCUCUUGUAUUUCUGCAGGACGAUGUACUCGAUGCAGGUGGAUAACGCCGAGUACGCCCUGCUCACUGCCAUUGUCAUUUUUUCCGAGCGACCGGACCUGAUCGAGGGCUGGAAAGUGGAGAAAAUCCAAGAGAUCUACUUGGAGGCGUUGCGCGCGUACGUCGACAACCGUCGCAAAGUCAAGCCGGGCACGGUGUUUGCAAAAUUGCUGUCGGUGUUGACGGAGCUUAGGACAUUGGGUAAUCAGAAUUCGAAAAUGUGCUUCAGCUUGAAAUUGAAAAACAAAAAGUUACCACCGUUCCUGGCCGAAAUCUGGGACGUGGACCUCAAGACAUAGUCCCUCGAUCUGCGUAUAUCGACCCUUUCGAAAAGGGUGGUGCUCGACAGUCGAAACUGUUCGUUUCGAUUAUCUUUUGUACAUAGUCGAUCGCAAAACGAGGACAGGAAGACGAAGUACCACCGAGUUGGCUGUGAAAACAUAUAUAUUAUUCUUUUUUUCUUUUUUCUUUUUUUUAAUUUACUAAAAUACUAACCCGACGGCACCUAUAUGGAAGAAACGCGAAACCCGACGACUAAACCGUUUCGUAGCUCGACUUGUAAUUGAAAAAUCAAACUAUACGUAGAUUUUUUUAAGCCUCUAUGGAACUUUUAUACGAGAAAACUUUCUUGGCGAUAUGCUUACUUAAAUUGGUAAGACUGGACAGGACUGACAAAAAAUAUUAAAAAAAAAAUAAAACACAUUCAAGGUGCCUUUCCGAUUUAACGCGGAUCCAUAAAGUCUGAGGGCUGGUGCAAAAAAACGGAUUGUUGUGGAUGAAGAGAAACGUCCGAUCGCGCAUGUGCAAUGUAGUUAAUUCUUGGAUCUUAAAAGCACCGUAUAUUUCGGCAAUGGGGGCGGAAUUACUUCGAAAAUUUGAAAUGCUUAGAUGGGAUUAAAAUCGACCGGCCGUCCUGUAGGAAAACAAAAACAAAAAAACGAAAACAAAUAAAAAAUGGAUGAGAAAAGUGAAGUGAUUUCAGACGUACCGAUAUUGAACUGUGCUAUUUUUUUUUCGACGUGUGCCAUUCUUCAGAAAUGAUGAGGCAUUGCGCAUUGAAUAUAAAAUAUUAUAUGGAAAAUUAACUUCUUUUUAAUAGACUAUCCUGCCUUGAGAAAAAUAAACUAUUGAUGUUUAAAAAUGGAUGUGUAGUUCAUAGUCUACUCAUUUUUUAUACGAUAUAGUUUCCGCCAUUUAGAAUUUUCUGCAGCUAGAUAGGAAAAUAGGAGGCUAACAAAAAACCCACUUAAUUUUUAACCAAAAUCGUACAAAAAAAUUUGCAAUUUUCCAAAAAUUAUAACAUUUUUAUUUUUAUUUAAUGACACAAACAAUGUGUACUCUAAUUCAUAAACAAUUAAAUUGUUUUGCUCGUAGAGAAUUAUUUAUCCCAUGUGAUAAACGUAUACUGACGUUUUGGAUGUCAGAUUUGUUCAAAAUUUAAAAGGAUUAUAAUUUAUUUAUAGUAUAUUACUAUUAUUGUGCACUUUGCGAGUAUUAUAAUUUAGUUUAUUAAUAAUUUUCAAAGGAAACAUCCAUGAAAAAUGUGACAGGUUAAUUUAACUAUAUCCAGAGGUUGCCUAUAAUUACAUACCAGUGUAAAUGAUGUUUGCAUUCAUUGGUUUCAAAAAUUUGCUGGUACACAAAAACUCAUAAAUUUAGAAAAGCUAUCAAAAGUUUAUUGUCGAAGUGCAAAAUGCAAUAAAAUCACUGCAAAUAUGUAUUUAAUUAUCCCGGUGUUUACUAUUUUUUAAUUGGAUUGGAUAGAAUUUUACUUCAAUAUUAUCCAUAUAUUUCGCAUGCAAUUCCAUCUGAUACUACACGAAUCAUGCACUGGAUAUAAUUAAAUCAACCAGUAUAACAGUUUUUUUAUUCGAUAAAAGUUUUUUGAGCUUGAACAGAUUCGUAUAUUUUAAGUAAUUAUCUAAAUUUGAUAUAAUUAUGCGCAGGUUUUUUGUUGGCCUCUUACUAAAAGCAUUACAUUAAUAACGUACAUAUAAACAUAUUUUUCAUCGAUUGUAGAUAAACAUAUUUUCAUAACGAAAACGAGACAGAAGUGAUUUUAUUUAGACACGCGUUAAUUCAUCGCCAUCUAUUGCCUUAAAAGUCCAAAGUUAACUUUAAAAAAGUCACCUUUUUACCGUUCGUUUGUUGUACCGUUUCGUUGGAUUAAUUUAAUUUUACGUUUUUUUUUAACAUUUUUUUAUAUUUAUUUUUACGAGUUUAUAUUUAUUUUGUUGUCAGUUUCUAAAUUAGUUUUUUUUACUAUAUUAUUUAAUGUAUUUGUAAUUGUGAAUUUUAAAAAUUUGGACUUGCAAAAAGCACAUAUUAAUUUACUCAGGAGUCAACCUAAUACCUUAUUUUGAUCAGGUAGAAAAUACGGGCAAUAUUUAUAUACUAUGUAGGAAAAGUUGCCAGUAAUUUUAAAUAAUACACAAAAAAAAAAGAGUCUAGAUUACGAUGUGAUUUUAAAUAUUCGGAUGGCCUUUCCAAGUGUAGAAAGAUUGUUGGUUAAAUUGUUUUAGAAAAUAUAUUAUUUAUCGUCGAGAAGAGAUUGAAUUAUUAUAUAGAUAAGAGAGAUUUUUCAUCCGUAUUAACUUUAACCAGUAAGAUGUACAAAUGAUUAUGGUACAAAAGACUUGAAGAAAAAAAAUGUUGCAACAGUCGGUUGACUCCUAUAGUUUCGACCAGGCGUCGUUUAUCGACAAAAAUCACCCUUAUGAACCAAACGACGUUAUAUUUUUCUUAAAAAAAAACGCCAUUUGGUCCAUUAUUUUCCGAAAAAACGCCGUUUGAACCAUUUCUGAUUGAAACAAAAAAAAUUAAUAGUACAAAUCGAAAUUGUCGAUAAACGAUACAUGCUCGUCAGUUCGUAUCCACUGCCGGCAGUGACUCUGUCUCACACCACUCAUUUAAUCAUCAUCUUACAUCAUGAUACCUAGUGUUUCAAUUGAUGUUGUACGUGGGGUCGAUUGGAGGCGAUAAUUCCCCGCGAAACGACGAUGAAAUUCGCUCUUACUACACCCUAUUCGCAAUAAUAAAUCAUCCGAUUUGAGGUUUAACAUAAUUUAAACGAACAUUACCGCCUCUAAUGGACCCCGAAAAGAUCCAUGCAGUCUGAACACCAAUUUACCGAAGACUUUUUUAUAUAUACGUGAAACGUGCUGUCUUAGAAAAAGUCUUUGUAUUUUAAAUAUUAUGACAAAUCCGGCACAAAUUUUUAAAAUAUCGACGACAGGACGAGUUCCGCGAGUUUCGAAUACACAACAGAUUUUUUAACGAAACUCGAAAUGGACCUGUAGCGUUCAGAUUUCCAUUGCGCACUCUAUAAUUCAUUCGAUUGAUAAAAAACAAUUUAAACCCUUGUAAAUUUCAAACAUUUAGUUAAACGAGCCAAUAAUACUUUGGUCAUUUAACUGUCAACAACUCGUAGUGUUUUUCAGUACUCCAAUCUUUUUACUGCCAAUCUUUUUGGUGACCUUAACUGUCAACUGUCACGCGCUGCGCAGUGGAAACCGCGCCGAAUAACAGGUAGCUUGAUUAUCAAAGACUAAUCGAACGGAAAUCAGCAAUAAUUAAAUACGGGAUUUAUUCGCGAACUCGCCCUGUCUAUUUGACACUGCCAAAUUGUUUGGACUGCCAUCGCGCUAAUCGUAGUUCUUUCGUAAAAUUAAAUGUCGUCUCGUAGAAUAAGCGAAGGCUGCUUGGAUCGGUUUAAUGAUAACAAAUGGAAUAAUAAUAAUAAUAUUAAUAAUUUUAAAUGAGUACUGUACGGGCGACCCAAAUUCGAGGCGUAUACAGUUGGGAACUCGCGAACGGUAAGAGACAAAGGUUAAAUUGAGGCAUAAUUGCUAAAUAUAUUUGAAAUAAACAGUCCAGUUGAUAAGUUAAAGGUGGAGUGAAAGUGGACUGGAAGUGGACUGAAAGUGGAGGAUUUUUUUUGGGAUUCGCUUUCUGAAGACUGAGACUUUCUUAUAACAUAUAUUUUCUGAGAAAAUAUAAUUUAGUAUUCCUUUAAUUCUUGCCUCGAUUUAGCCCGCUUAGUAGUAUCUUUUGCCAUUCUCGAGGUGCCAAAUGUAUCUCCUCGGAUUUGGGACAUCCUGUACUGUUAACUAUAUACGUGUUCUGACCUGUUUUUUACGUUCUCGAUAAGCUGAAAGUAAGGAUUACAAAACAGUCGAGUAAAGAUGAUGUGGGGUAAAGGUUGAUGAGGAAAUUUUUGUACGUUUUAAUUUUCGUUUGUAAAUCGCAAAUCAGUCCGCAGGGGCGCAUUAAAUUGAUUUAACUCGGGCCGACAGGGGUUUGAAAAAUCGCUGUUUUGUACAUAUUAUUGUAUAUUUUUCCGGGUACACCACUAACGGCUGUAAUUCCCCCCAAGUUUUUUUUUUCUAUUGUUACGUUAAUAUUUCGAUUUCCGUUGAAAUCUUUAUAUUACAAAGAUAUCGUUACAUAAUAAAAUGAUCGAUUAAGGAAAUUUGUCAAACAAAAUAUCCUAAAUUUUUAAUUGGCUACAUGUUAAUUUGCAGUACAUGCUAUCAAAAUUUUUGGCGGUGAAUGAGAUUUUAACAGAGCUUUUUUUCUCUGCUAUACCUUUUUUAUUAGAUAAUUCUAUAGUUGGAUGUAUUUUGGUAUAUUUUACAGGGUGUUUCAAUGCAAUGGGGAAACAGCAGGGGGGAGAUUUCUUGGUAUAAGUAAUGAAUUGAAUCUCGUUUCGAAUUGAUUUAGAUGAAUUUUAUCGUUAUGGAAAGUGGAUUUUUCGUUGGAAAUUCGCGCUUUAAAAAAGCCCCAUUCGGUGCGUAGUUUCUUUAAAUUAAAUUAAUUAAAAUUAAAUUAAUUAUUUAGAAAAGAGAAGGGAGUAAAUUGAAAUUAUCUAAAAGUAAAGCUAAUUUAAAUUAGUGUAACGAUCUCUUUUUAAAGACAUGUGUAUGAUAAUGUAUAUAUUGUGGUAUUGAUUUAGUCACUUUGUUGAAGAAAGCAAGCGCAGGUGGCCGGAAAAUUCCCGAUUUUCCUUUUUUAGUCAUCCAAAGAAAUGUUGAAAAGCGUGCGAAAAUUUAAAAAAUUAUCCAUUAUACGGUGUUUUUCACGGUGAUAAGUUAUAGAUUGUAUUAAGAAGAGAAUUUUCAUCGGAAAUUACAUAGUUAAAAAAUGAGAAAAUUUCUACAUAGUCAUUUUCAGACUAAUUUACUAGUAUACUGAUGUUUAUAUUUGUUGAUUUGAACACUGUACAUUUUUGAAUUCUGCGAUCAAUUUUAGAUACAAUUUCAGCAUUCUGAAAAACCUCUAUGAGGGAAUUUUCUUUAAAAUCGUGAAAAACAUUGCAUUUUGAAAGCUUUUUAAUAUUCUAACCAGUCCUUAGGCGGGAAUUUUCACUUAAACCUGCGCCCAACACUAAGUUUUUUUUGUUUUGUUAUUUCACCCUCUUGUGCUCAAGCGGGGUAAGUAAACCGAUUCAUUUGCGAUUCGUUAAAGUAAUACAAAAAAACAGUUCUAAUGCCGGUAAAUCCCCUGCUUUUGCAUUAGAGAUCAUUCCUACUAAGAGUGAAUAUACCGAGUGAAUCAAAAUUGUACCUGGCUUUGAUAUCUAUAAUUAGGUUUAAGUGAGUAAAGGUACAUUGUUGGUUCAGCCCGUAUUUAUUACGUAUAGAUUAAUUGAGAAAAAAAGUGCAAUAUGUACAAAUUUUACUAAUUUACUUUUUUUAUAUAUUAAAUAUUAGGUCUGUAUAUCAAGAUUUUAUUAAAUAUGUGUUAAUUUUAUACAGAGAAUGCUGAUUGGCAGUAUUAUACAUAGACGGGUGGUGAUUUUUGUGAAAAGUUGCCAUCUUGGCUCUUAGAGACCUUCAACAGUCAUCAGUUAAUUUAUACAGGGUGUAUUUUUAUGUCGAUUAUUUAUUGAAAAAAAAAUUACCUACUAGAUACACGAUAAUAAUUUUUUGUUUCUCUAUUUUUAAUCCGUCUACGAUGAAGAAAUUUAUUUAAUUAAAAUAUUAAAAAUAUAUCCCUUGUAUUUACGAUACCUAUAUGUAUAUUAGUUAAUUUACUGUUGUACAGAAAUUUAUUCUACGCUAUUAUAAUGUAAUUUUUUUUUAUUCGAUGAUUACUGUUGAACGUUUCGGAGAUUUAUCACAGUUGACCUGCAACAUGACGUGUACUGUAAAAUCGAGUGUUGUACGCAAUGACAUGUUCGAUGAUAUAUUUUGUGCAGUAAACAGUAAAUUAAUAGAAUUACUUGUGUUUUAUUCCUUACCUCGAACCGAUUUUAAAAUGGAUUGAAAUGUU